AUAAGGCUUGGAAUUGUGGGUAGCCCCUGACGUCAAAUUUUAUUGAUUGGUACAUUCGCCGAGAAAAGUUUGACGGGAGAACAUUUGACGUCGAGAUGAGCUUCGGAAUGCAAGAAACCGACUUUUUAUCUUCUUCAUACGCGCAACUACUGCCGUCCUUUAACAGCCACUUCCUAAACGGCGUAAGUCCGAAUACGACUGAGCGCGUUCCAGUGCCCAGCUCAGAGCAUGUGGCGGAAAUUGUUGGACGGCAAGGUAACCUUUUAUUUCAGUAGUCGAUAUCAGUAUUCUUUUAUCUACUUUAGACGCCUUUCAAAAAAAAUUUAUGUAAAUAUCUUAAAUACAAACAAGCUAAUUAGGCGAAUUUGAGUUUAAAUCGCAUAAAAAAUUGCUUACGUCCUGUUGACAAAUAUCAAGCUGUUUAUUGCAUGUGACCUCUUAAUUUGCUUAGGUAAUAAAAUAAAGACGCUUCGUUCUACAACACGGACGUAUAUUAAAACACCUAUGCGAGGUGAAGAGUCUGUUUUUGUCGUUACCGGAAAGAAGGAGGACGUGGAAAAAGCGAAAAUGAUGAUUCUCUCGGCCGCCGAACAUUUCAGUAAAGUAAGGGCGUCGAGAAAAUGCUUAAGUGGUAUGAACGGUACCGCUGAGGGCAGGAUAUCGGUAAAACACCACGUGCCAUACCGCUACAUCGGCCUAGUUGUUGGACAGAAAGGUGCCACGAUAAAAAAAAUUCAGCAAAUGACCAAUACUUAUAUACAAACUCCGUCUCGAACUGCUCCGCCUGAAUUUGAAAUUGAAGGGACGGAAGCCAAUGUUCGCCUAGCUAUUCAAGAAAUUGAAAGACAUAUUAAAGAAAGAACGUUGGCUGGUUUGUCAAAUGCUUUUGCUGAGAGGAAGAUUCAAGAGGCUCUCGAGUCUAUGAAAAUGGAGAAUAGCUCGCGCGAAGCUACUCUACCUACUCCUAUUCAGUUUGACGACGUGUUCGAUUUGAAUUCGAUUAGCGGUGCAUUGAAAGGAGUUUCGUGUUCUAGUCCAAAAUGGUCUACGGAUUCUGGUUUGCAUAGUCUAUGCACUGAUUCAACUUGGCCAACCUCCUCAUCAUCAAUGGGAAGCGGUAGCGGCUCCUCCUCGCCUGCAGUUGACGAAAACUUUCGCUACUGA